CUGAUGCUUUUAUGUAGAAUAUAUUUUCUUUUUGUCGAGUUAUUUAAUAUUAGAAACUGUGUUAUAUCUGAUGUAGUGUAUCAUGUAGCAUUUAAUUAAGAGAGCUUCGCAGCGAUUCUUUGAAAAAUGGUGUUACGUUUCAGAAAUUUAAUGAAAAGCCGUACGAUGAUAGAUGUUGUAAUGUAUUCCUCCUACACAUGAAUAUUUUAAUGUAAAUGUGCAAUUAACUAUCUUGUAAAAUGGCCAUAUCAUUUACAAACAAGAGUAAGAUUAUAUCGGAGAUAAUGAAGUUCUCUUUUAACCACCGAGCCUUUUACUGCUAUUUAGGAAUGAGUUUGUGGAUAUUCUUUCUCAUCACAGUGAUGUACAAAUACAUGGCAGUAGGGGAGGAGGUGGUAACACCUAAGAAGAUUGUCCAUCAUGAGUACAUAUCAAAGAGUGACUCCAAGUUCAGGAAGAUAUACCUCCGUGCCUGCAAUCCUCCAGACAGCAUUGUCAGAGGCUCUGAAGGUGUGGUAGACACAGACACAUGGUUGCUGCAGGGAGUCCUUGUGCUAACGAGACACGGAGACAGAGGGCCCCUAACACACCUCAAGGGGGGUGACAAGUUGCCUUGUGAUGUCGAGCCUGUGUCACCUUUGCUCAAGAGCUACGUGGAAUUCGUGAGCAACUCCAGCGUGGGAGGUCGCGCGGCGUGGGUGUCGGGCGGCGGGCCGUUCCACAACUUCCCGUCGCUGCCGCCGCGCGCCGCCGGCACCCACUGCGCGCUCGGUCAGCUCACACCACGCGGCCUGCUGCAGAUGCUUACUGUUGGAGUCAUACUUAGAGAUGCGUAUGGUGAUAAAUUAGCAUUAAACAUAGAACCCGGCAAAAAAGAUACAGGCGAGGUGAUAUCAUACAGCACGCGGUACCGGCGCACGUUCCAGUCCCUGCUGGGCGUGUCGUGGGGCGUGGCGGGGCGCGGCGCGGGCGCGCUGGCCGCGGCGGCGCGGGAGAGCCACAGCGUCGCCUUCUGCCACCGCGACUGCGCCUGCACCAGGCAUCACGCGCUUAACAAAAAAAUCAACAUGCAAGCGAAAAACCGCCUGGAAUCCCAUCCAGCGAUCAAGGAAUUAGUCACGAAACUCUCGAAGGUACUCUUCGAAUCUCAAGAACAUAUCGACGCAGAUGUUGUAAGAGACGCUCUGCUAGCGUACAUGUGCCAUGACGCCCCGCUGCCUUGCUCCGAGAAACCCAAACCUGCCAAAAAGACCGGCAAAGGACACAGAAAGUUCAGAAGAGACACCAUUAACUCGAGAAAUCUCCUAGACAUUGACAUUGAUACUUUAAACAUGGAGUUAGAUUACAUAAACAAUCAAGUAGAUUUCAACAACGAAAUCGGAAGGAAAGCUAGAGAUAUUAUAGGUAAAUAUUACGACAGCAAAGACAAGAAAGCGCCUCUCGACUUCGACGCACAGAUGGAGAGAGAAAAGUUACUGUACUACCAACAAAGGUACAUAGACAACUCUGAUGCGUACGAAGAUGUUGUCAUUGUAAAGAAGAAUUUAGAUGCAGACUUCAACUUUCCGAACGACGCUAGAAUGGACACGGACUUUGAUGAAGAUUACAGAGAGCCAACAGAAACGCCAGAGGACUUCUGCAUUAAAAAGGAACACGUGAUGUCCUUAUUUGCGUAUUUAGAAUGGAGUUACCGACAAGAGAUAAAGAAUGUCCACAAUAGAAGACGCGGUUUGCUAGUGGCAUACGGAUUGAUACACAAUAUUGUCCAGAAUAUGAUCAGGAUGAUCUCCGAAAAUAAACCAAAGUUGGUCAUAUAUUCUGGACAUGAUAAAACUCUCCAAGCGCUCAUAUUAGCGUUGGGUUUGAAUAAUUAUCAACACUAUAACAUACAGUACGCAUCAAGAAUGAUAUUCGAAGUACACAGGAAGAAGGAUUUACGCGACGAAUUUAAAUUUACGAAGCGAAAAGCGGUGGCGCAGGACUUUUACUUCCGAGUAGUUUAUAAUGGGGAAGAUAUCACGAAUAAAUUAAGCUUUUGUAAGGGGAAACAUAAUGUAGUCAUGAGGGUGGUAGAUCCCAUAGAUGAUAUGAAGAUUUAUAAUACAUAUCUGUGUCCUAUAGAGAAUAUUGUUAGAUUUAUACAUGACGAUUAUUUUUCAGUUUUUAACGCGACUAAUUUUAAAGACGCUUGUGCGAGUUACGGUACCUCCAAACGGGUGUAGACGUCACUUUAUAAAUGUUUCAAUGUGCAAACGAACAAUAGGCUGUAUGGACUCUAGUCCCGUGCCAUAUGGGAUGAAAAACAAAUCUAAAGCAACAAAGCCCUUAAUUUUUAAUUACUCACUGGCCCCGAUUCCUGCAGGCACCUCCUAAUUUUAAGUUAUACCUGUCAUUUUCUUAUCUGCCGAAAAGGAAAGAGACGGAUGAUUGAGUGUUGUGACUGUGUUAAUUUUAAAAUGAACGAAUAACUCGGGCGAAUAAAAUACGCAUCUCGCUCAUAUGUAAGCCGUUUGACGUGUGCUGUCAACUUUAUUCUGUCGGGUUAUUGGCCAAUAUAAAAUUUAGGAAGGAUUUUUUAAACUUCGGCCUAAAAUUGACAUGUGUUCCAUAAAUUUUAUGCCUGUCGAUUAUACGUCUCUUUCCUUUUCGGCGGAUAAGAAAAUGACAGGUGUGUCUUAAAGUAAAAUUAGAUGGUGUGUAUUGGAAUCACCACCAUUGCCUGUUACUUUAUGGGAUAACAAAAUACCAUUUGAAGGUAUUUGUCCUUUUCUAAAUUGUAAAAAUAUUUGUUAUUUUAUCAGACUAGUUUUUUAGGUGAUUUUCUUCUAUUUUUAUAGGUAGAGAUUAUUUUUGAGAUUUUGUUUACUUUUUUAAAGUUUGCUUUACGUAUAUUAUUAUCUAUGAUCGGUAUAUUUUUUAAAUUAAGCUUGAUUACAAAUUAGCUAUAUUACUUAAAAUCGAUUGUUGAAUGAUUUUAAUCGGAUCUCAUAUUUAUUUAUUUUUUGUGUAAUUUAUUCCAGUGUCGAAUAAGUGAUCUCAACAUUUGAUUUUGUAAUUUUUACAUAAGUAAUUUGAAUGUUAACUUACAUAUCUCAAGUAAUACUUAAGGCUAAGAAAUCAAAAGACUGCACAUAUUUUUAAUUUAUUGGAUUAUUUAUCGAUUAUUUUAGUUCUAGAGAAUUCUAUUUUUAAAUGUUAAACAUCAUUCAUUACUAAUGGCAAAGAAUAAAGAGUAAUAUUACGUAUAGAACGGCAACGUGGUAAAUUAAGUGUUUACCAAUUUGUAUCGGGCCUCGGCCACACGCCGUUAAAGAGUAAGGCCGGGUUUGCACUGACGCGAAGAUGGGCGGAGAAGAGCGGAGAUGUGCGGAUUUGACCAAUCACAGCGUUCGAGAGAGCGAAAAACGACGCUCAGUCACUCCCUCACGGUGAUUGGUCGAUUCCUGCACUACUCCGCUCAACUCCGCACAACUCCGCGUCAAUGGAAACGCAGCCUAAGAGAGAGAGCGCGCGGACUGUCUCGCUCGCAUUUAGAAAGAAAGAAAGAAAGUAUUUAUUAACGCAUAAGCAUUACGCAUGCAUUUACGCUUUAAGUAGCACACAGUAAGAAUGAGAUUUUUGUAUGGAGUGUCCGGGGUGUGCUAACGGUGAUCAAACAAAAAAAAUGUUUUUUUUUUUGCUAAUGGUGCUCUGCCAGAAACAAAUUUCAUUUUAGUGUGGCAGCCCUAAAUGUCGUGCCAUCCUUCACUUACGUACAAUCAAAGAGCAAAAGUGCAGUCACAGAGCCCAGCGAUUUUUUUGUAAACAGUGGUGAAAUUAUGAACCAUUAGUUGUCAUAAUUAUAAAAUUGAUGUUUUAACCCCCCUGGGCUAUCACAGAUUCGGACGGGAUGGUAUUUAUUAAGUCAGAUUUAAUGACUUUUUUAUAGCAUUUACCAGUGCUUAGGGAAACUCGCAAAGAGAAAAUUCGCAUGGUCAGGAGGAACACCCGGUGGUGAGGUUAACGCGCUCGUCCCGGCUUGACAAGGGCUGCGGGUUCAAGUCCCGUCCGAGUCACAUUUUUUUUCGAUUUAAAUUUUCUCUUUGUAAGUCAGAUUCCUUUUUUCUUUGCGUAUUUUAUAUGAAAAAGUGGCGCCACUAACAGUUUGUUGUCUGUGGUCUUACUAUAAUUUCCAAAGAACAUUGUUUAAAAAGAGAAUAUUUAUUUAAUGAAAUAGUUUUUGUAAGUACAUAAUUUGCUGAACCAUAUGCUGUUUUAACUGUUGAAUAUUGUAACACGUAGAUUUUGUCACAAAACAUAAAAAGUAACAUAUCACUCUUAUAACUCGGUACAUAAUAAAAGUGAUUGACCAAUGGAAAUGGAUUUUAUUAAAAUUUCUAACGCUGAUUACUGUUGGCAACUCCAACAUUUUAGUUUUUAAUUAUUUUUUAACCAUGGCAAUACUGUAACAUAUACCCUUUUCUAAUGGUGAACAAUACACGCGAUUCCCUAAACUUC